UUCAUCAAUCUAUUUCCUCUUCCUUUUCGUUGCAUUAAAGGUUUAUUUUGAAUGGACAGAUCACUCACUGUAUCAAGUGUCAUAAAAUUGUCUUAUCAAUUUUCAUCAAGUUGUGAAUGGAUCUCAAAACAGUUAUGAAACAGAAUAAAAUAAAAUACAAUUUCUAGUUCCAUCAGAUAUUCUAGUUUCAUCUGUUACUCAGAAGCUUUCAACUCAUCAUCUCGACCAUCAAAACAAACCUUUAACCUUUGAAACAGUCUUGUGAUCAAGUGAACAGUAAAAUGUCUAAAUAUGGGGUUUACUCACCACUCCAAUCUGGACCACGAUGUCGUUGUUUUUUGGAUAACUGGCGUUACCUUUGAACCGAAACUGAUAAACACCUUUUAAAGUCAUCUGGUCACUUUGAGUUUGAACAAACACUGAAAAGCAUUAUUAUCAUUUUCGCUGUAACAAUCGACAGUCAAGUCUUUAUCACCAUUAAUCAACAUGUGCAGUUUGAAUGAAGAUUCAUUUGUUUUUAGUCCAAGCGAAAUUGAAAGCUUAGAUUGGAGUGUCCAGAGUGAUUGGAAGGAUAAACUUGAAUCUCUCUCAUUGAAAAUUCGUCCACUGCAAAUUGAUGAUUAUGAUCGCGGUUUUACCAAAUUGUUGGGACAAUUGACUCAUGUUGGAGAUGUGACCAAAGAAGAGUUUGAAGAAAGGUUUAAGUUAAUGAGAGAAACCAAAUUGGUGAGAGUAGUGGUGAUCGAGGAUUCCAAUAAUAACCAGAUUGCUGGGACGGCUACACUUCUCUGUGAGCCUAAAUUCAUUCAUCAAUGUUCUUGGAUAGGUCACGUACAAGAUGUAUGCGUUGAUGAAGCUUACAGAGGAAAAGGGUUGGGCAAAAUAAUAGUCAAUUGCUUAAAAUUGUUGGCUCAACAGGUUGGAGCUUAUAAAGUUGACUUAAACUGUUCCGAUGCGAAGAUAGGAUUUUAUUCGGCUCUUGGAUUUAAGAAAGAAGAUGGACAAGCCAAUUAUAUGACAUGUCGGUACAAAAAUUAAUUCAGAUGUAAGACCAAUGAUUGAUGAAUAUGACUUCAUUUAUAAAUCUUGUUUGGCUGAUAAUAUAAUACAACUAAAUAUCGAUUGCAAACAUUAAAACCAGAAAGAUGAUCACAA